AUGCCUCCCAAAAAGAUCAUUCGAGCUAACCCCCCCGCGAUCGACCUCUCAGCGAUUCCGCCUUCCCUACCUCCCUCCGUUGAAGAGGCCUAUCGGCGAAAAUGCAUCCAGCUUAAGCAGCGCACCGGCGAGGUUGAGGAGGAAAACGACGCGACCCGAGUCCGCCUCGCCCGGAUCCGACGACAAAUUGAGAAGCUGCGGAUGGAGAGAGCCUUCCUGCUUGAACAGCUGGCUAAGAGAACGAGCGCCAACGUGGAGGAUUCAGACGGCAGCCCGAGCCCGCCCCCGACUGUAGGCCCUCCGCCAAGCCCACCUCGACGACAAAGCAGGAUGCUGACACCAUCUCAGCCGCAAGAAAAGCCUCUGCGUACGAAACGCGGUCACCGCAAGCCCUCCGUCCUGGCCGAGAUCGACUCGGCCGCAAAGGCCAACUCUAGGCCCCUCAGCCAGACCGCCGCCACCGUUUCGCCCAGCUCCGAGACUUUCUCCCAUACCCAGGGCGGCGAUGCGACCCAGGGCGACACCCAGGCGACGGCCCGCACGAACGGCGUCGCGAAGCCGCCCAAGCGCCCCGGCAACGCGUUCGAAAUGUACUGCGCCGACACGCGGCCCGCUCUUGAGGAGAAGAACAAGGACGAUGCCGAUGCCAACAUUGAGGAGGAGCUCGCCCGUGGUUGGAAGGAUCUCCCCGAGGGCGAGAAGGAGGAGUUCCAGACCCGCUCCGAGGAGGAGAUGGCCAAGUACCAAAAGGAAAAGGACGCAUUUGCGGCCAAGAGCAAGAGCGCCGAGGCCAAGGAUGAGGAUGAGGAAGAGCGCGACAAGUCACCAGAGCCCGCACCAGCUGCGUCACAGGACGAAGAUGUGGAGAUGACCAACUACGACACCGAAGAGCAGGCAGACGACACGCCCGCGGCCGACGACAAGGAUGACAAGGCGGACGAUUGA